AUGGGUUUGAGCAACGGCCAAGAGGCCGAUGAAAGGCCACUGAAGCCUCGACGGACUUAUAAGGCUGAUGAAACGCCAUCGCCUUUCAUCUGUUUGCUAUUUGGAUUUCAGGUAAUAUUUUCAAUUUAAAAAAAAAUUUUACGCACCACACCCCCCCCCCUCAAAAAAAAUUUUUUUUGAAAAAAAAUGGUUUAAAAAUACUUUCCGGUUGAUAUAAUCGUAUUUUACAUUCAAAAACCAAACAUUUUUUCAGCAAGUGAUGGUAUGUGUAUCAGCCCUUCUGGUAAUCCCAUUCUUACUGUCUAGCUACAUGUGUGCUGGUAGUAACGAAAACCAUCUUCGCGUUGAACUCAUCUCAUCAACUUUUGUAGCCUCGGGCAUUUCGACUUUAAUUCAAACCGGGUUUGGCAUGAGAUUGGCAUUGUUACAGGGAACGGCGUUUGCUUACGUACCUUCAGUAGAAGCCUUCAACUUGUUGCCGGAGAAUGCUUGUAACUACAAUUCAAGCCAGCCUGCACCUCAAAGCGAAUACUAUGGGAGGUUGAGAUAUGUGAGUGAUGUUAUAUAGGAGGGACAAUUGUAAAAUUAUAUUGUAGUAGGCAAGGUAAGUAGGAUAAGUCAUCACAGAGUAUGAAAGGGUAAGGAAGGGUAUACUAGAGCAGGACAUGGUAGGGUAGGGUAAGAUAUUGUAGGGUAUAGUAGGGUAGAGUAGGGUAGGGUAGGGUAGGGUAGGGUAGGGUAGGGUAGGGUAGGGUACGAUACACUAGAUUACGUUUUUUCUUUGUAAACAAAGUUCUUGCGACUGUCCAAAUCGAUUCAAAAUUCAAUUUUAGAUCCAAGGUUCUUUACUAUUAUCAGCACUAGUACCAAUGUUAAUUGGAUGUACUGGUUUAGUGGGUAUGUUGACAAAGUUCAUUGGGCCUAUCACGGUAUCUCCAUUGAUCUUACUUUUAAUGGCAUCCUCAGUAGAGAUGUGUGUCAAACGAAUGGAACAACAUUGGGUUAGCUUGAUGUAAGUUGGUACAGUUUUUAUAAAAAUUGGUACUAUUUUUUUGAUUUUUGGUACUAUUUUUAAAACUUUGGUCCCGUUUCUGAAAAUUUAGUACUAUUUUUAAACUUUUGGUACAAUUUUUAAAACAUUGGUACCGUUUUUAUAAAAUUUGUACAAUUUUUAAAUUUUCGUACUUUUUUCGAAAUUUUGGUACUCUUUUGAAAGUUUAGUACAUUUCUUAAACUUUUGGUACUACUUGACAAAUUUUGGUACUGUUUUUAAAUAAUUGAUACUAUUUUGAAAUUUUGGUACAUUUCUUAAACUUUUGGUACUACUUUUUAAAUUUUGUUUUUACUUUUCAUAUUUUGGUACUAUUUUUAAAUUUUGGUAUCGUUUUUGAAAUUGUGGUACCGUUUUCGAAGUUUUUGUACUAUUUCAGAAAAUAGUUUAAUACACAUCUUAAACUUUUAGUACUAUUUUUCAAAUUUUGGUACAUUUUUUAAACUUUUGGUACUACUUUUAAAAUUUUGGUACAAUUUCUAAAAAUUAGCCAAAUUUCUAAAAUUAACCGUCAUUUUUAAUUUUCAGUCAAGCAGCCACCUUGUUCGUAACCGUACUGUAUCUGGCCGAGCUUCGUAUACCUAUUCCCGGCCGAAAGAACGGUAAAUUCCACUGGUACAGAGUGAAUUUGUUUGGCCAAUACCCAUACUUGAUUGCCAUUUUGAUUUCAUGGGGCUUCUGUGCUAUUCUGUCGCUGCUGGAGUUGGUUCCGGCCGAAAGCGCGGCUCGUACUGAUAAGAUCAGGAACUUGGAGGUAGGGAUUUUAAACUUUUUUUAUAUGGCAGGGGUGAGUUUUGCGGGGGGUUAAAAAUUUUUUUUGCAAAGCGAGAUAAUUUGUUUUUAAGGCAAAGCGGUCGCAAAAUUUUUUUUCGUGGGCGGGGUAAAAAUUUUUUGGGAGGGGGGGGGGGGGGUAAAUUAAAACGAAAUUUUAUUUUGACUUGAACUUCAAACAUAAUAUCAUUGUUAGCUCUGUAAAUUUUUAAACAUCACAUUUUCAGGCCAUUUCCAACGCGCCCUGGUUCAGAGUACCGUAUCCAGGCCAGUUUGGUCCGCCAAGGUUCAAUGCCUCUUUAUUCUUUGCUUUCUUAGUAUCAGCUUUAACUUCUGUAUUUGAAUCUGUAGGAGACUACCAUGCUAUAGCCAGGGUAUCUGAAGAGAGAUCACCCCCAUCUCAUGCUAUAAACCGUGGCAUUUUGGCUGAAGGCAUGGGCAGUUUUGUCAGUGGACUUAUUGGACCUGGUGUUGGGUUAACUACUCAUACUGAGAACAUUGGUGUUAUUGGCAUUACUAAGGUAAGUAUAGCAUAUGGUAUAAAAUAUUUUUUUGUACCAUCCGACCCUACCCUAUCCUACCGUACCCUGCCCUAUCCUACCCUAUCUUACACCCUACCCUACUCUACUUUACCAAACACUAACUUACCUUACCCUACAAUACCUUGCCCUACCCUAAUUAAAAAAAUUCUAGGUAGCCAGCCGAACCACGAUGAUAGUAGCCGGUUGUCUGUUGAUUUUCCUAGGCCUAUUCACCAAAAUUGGCGCUGUUUUAUCGACCAUCCCAGAGCCAUUGGUUGGCGGUGUGUUGGCCUCAUCUAUGGCCAUGGUCGGCGGUGUUGCCAUAGCCAAUGUGCAGUCGGUGGAUUUGAAUAACUCCAGAAAUGUCGCAAUUCUCGGAUUCUCAUUAAUGGUCGGGCUUAUCGUGCCGAAUUACUUCACUAAACAUAGCCCUUCGUCUGGUAAGCCUAAACUUGUGUGUUAAGCCUAAAAUUGCUUAGUAAGCCUAAACCUGUGUGCUAAGCCUAAAAUUGCGUAACAAGCCUAAAAAAUGUGUGCUAAGCCUAAAAAUUUUGCUCAAGCAUAAAAUUGUGUGCUAAGCCUAAAAUUUUCUUCUAAGCCUAAAAUUUUUGUUAAGCCUAAAAUUUUGUGUUAAGCCUAAAAAUUUUGCUCAAGCAUAAAAUUGUGUGCUAAGCCUAAAAUUUAUGUUAAACCUAAAAUUUUAUGCUAAUCCUAAAAUUUUUUCUAAGCCUAAACUGUUAAACCUAAGCUAGCGUGAUCAGUUCAAAAUUGUGUACUAAGCCUAAAAUUGCAUAAUAAGCCUAAUAUUCCCAUACCGUACCUUUCUCUACAGUACGCUAUCUCAAUAACACAUCUAAUUUUAGGCUGGGAAGAGUUCGACAAGGUGUUCCGAGUCCUCAUGAACAUGCCCUUCUUCGUUGGCGCGGCUACAGCUUGCAUCCUGGACAACACCGUACCCGGCGCUACUCGUACUCAACGUGGACUACGAGAACGUGGCAUGGGCCAUGAGUUUGGGCCUAGCAAUCGUGACAUUUAUGCGUUCCCGGACUGGGCCAUGAACUUGUUAGAGAAGUUCCCGGCUUUAAAAAUACUGCCAUUCAUACCUAAAGAGAAGAAAAUGUCGUCGAAUCGAGUACAAGAUAGUACGGUUUCGCCUUGA